CGAGCGCUCGUCGUACCUUUGAGGCCUUAACCGUUUGGUCUGUUAGCACCUGGGCCCAUUAAUUUCGACGACAUUGCGUAUUGUUUGUUUCGCCCUGGACAACCCGGGGGAAAACGGUACACUCACUCAUCACAACUACAUCGACGACGACUGCAUCAUAGGAAAAGCAUGUGAUCGUGGUGGCUGCCAAAAGCAUAGCGCACUUUUCACUGGAACGGCCAUCAUUCGUGUGUAAAGUUUAUUCCAUAGGUUCGGGAAGAGAAUUAUUCCUACAAAGUACAACAAAUUCCUGUAAAGAAACAGGAACGUGUAUUUUGUGCAAUCGGAAAUGGCCGAGAGAAGGUUUCAACGGCCCAGCAUCGCGGAGAACGAUGGACUAAUAAUAUACUGUAACCAGUACAGCUACUAUUGCCAAAAGGUUCUGCAAGCGCUCCACGAGAAAGCCAUUCGCUUCACAAAGUACGAAAUCGAUGUGACCAAUGAUGAGCAUUUCUCCGAAUGGUUUUUGGAGCUCAAUCCCCGGGCCGAGUUGCCGGUUUUGCAGAACGGUUUGCUGAUCGUCCCUGGAUCGAACCGUAUCUUGGAUUACCUGGAGGAGACGUAUCCCAAAGCCAAAUCACUCCGAAUGCCAAACGAUGUCGAUAAGGUAGUGCUCGGAUUCCGCAAGACGAUCGAAAGUCUGCCGAUUGGGCUGAUAACGAUCGGUGCGUUCCUGCAUCCGCAGCACACGGGAAGCCCCAAGUUCCCCUUCGUGUUGCCAGUACGCCGGACGAUUCUGGCGCGCGAGGAAACGCUUGUCGACCGUUUGCGCACUUAUGCCAAUGCUUAUCCAGCCUUUCGCGAGGUUUUAUUAAAGAAAGCAGAUUUUCACGAGCGUAAGCGAAGCAUAAUUGAGAAGGAAGAGUAUUUCUGCAAGCUCCUCAGCGCGCUGGACGAGUUGUUGACCGACGUCGAGCACUAUCUGGAUGGACGCGAUCCGGAGUGCGAAAGGUUUUGCGGCACCGAUACCUUCACGAUCGUCGACAUUGGCCUAGCGACACUUCUGAACAGGCUAUACGUACUCGGAUUGGAAGAACGGUUUUGGAACGCUGGUCGCAGACCGCGAGUUGAGCAGUACUUCAACAGGAUCUGCCAGCGACCAUCGUUUCAAAGUGUGCUCCCCUCCAAGGUGUCUCUUUUGCGCACCGUGUGGGUCAAUACGCCAACGGUUUACAAGGCCGGUCUGGCGGCUGCUUCAUCUGUUCUUAUUAGCUCAACGUUGCUGAAGAGGUAAACACGGUCAGAUGAUUUCUUUUUUCCCAGUUUUGCCAUUGGUCCAUUUUUAUCAUGCUAAACAAUUUGGAAUCUCCUGAACUCGAUGAAAAAAACUGCAUAUAAAUUAUUUGUAACAUCGUGUGUAAAGCCAUGCGAUCCGUUAAGAUUAAAACAUCCAAUUUGGUACAUUACGUGCAGUAACAUUAACUUUCCGGAGAGAUGUUGGUUAAACGUAACAGAAACAAAAGACAUUACACCUAUAAAUGGUCAUGUAUUUCUGGUCGUUCGAGGAAUUUUAUGGAUUUACAUCGCGAAAAAUGUCAAACUUAACGAGAAUCAACAACGAAAAAGAACAAACGUAAAUACAACAUAAUUACUUUAUCCAAACCCGUUUGAAAAACUCAAACCCGUCCCUUUUCUGUCGGUAAGAUCGAUCGUUAUCGAAUAGUGCCAUGGUACGCUAACAGAUUCGUAAAACAGUAGCCUUUUUAAGAAAGUGCAUGGGUCACAAUGCGCUGCCCCAGCGGUCUACAGCUAUCGUUA